AUGACUGAAAUUGACCAGUCUAUUCUGGAUGAUGUUGACAUGUACCAUGACGAAAAUGAUACUAGUAAUGAAGAUGAAUCUGUUAGCAAUUCAGAAUAUACUAUGGAGUCUAUGGAGCUUGAUAAUACUAUUUCAUAUAAGUGCGCAUGUAAUUUUGAGGACAGUGAGGGUGAAGCUCACAUUUACGACAGCAGCCGAAUCAGUACAAAUACUUUUACCAAGGCCGAGUUGAUGAGUAUUCAUCUGUCUCAAUUGAUGCUACAGCAUAGAAUUGCUAGAGCAGCAUAUAGAGACAUUGUUCAAUUUAUAAACACUGUCAUCCGAGACUAUGACGAUAUAAUGAUGGAACCUGGGGCUAAGAUCAGUCAUGGCGAAACUGUUGAUGCUUUGCUCAAGUCAAAGUCAAGUGUCAAGGGCCAUGAGUAUGAUGUCUGCUCUAGUGGUUGUCGAUUGUAUGGCAUUAAUGACGACCAGGAAUCUUGUACUGAUCCCGAUCAAAUUCAGACACCAGCCGCCAGUAUGAAACUUAUGUCAGUUGGGGAUAUGCUUUCUCAAAUGUUGGCAGAUCCAGCCACAAGAGAACUCCUCUGUUACAGAGCAAACCAGGAAUCUGUAGCUGGUCAGCUAACCAACAUUUUUGAUGGUGACAAUUACAAGCAGUUGGUGCAGCAGGGCCUGUUCUCCAAUCCCGAUGAUAUUGCCAUUGGGCUUUAUACCAAUGGGUUUGUCAAUCAAAAGAAAGGCAAAAACUCAUAUACCAUCAUCCAUUGCAUAAUAUUCAACCUAGACCCAUCCAUCAGAUGGCAUGGCAUGUACUUUGAUGACAUUUCCGCCCGGUUAAGACCUUUGAAAGACUUCAAAUCGAAGAACAUAUACCAGCUGAGCAUAUAUACCCAACUCUCAACCUUCUCUGGAUCAUCAUUUUUUGCAUUAGAUGAACUUCAUUUAAUUGCAAGAGGGAUUGGAAAGCUUGUGUAUGACCUGAUUACCAUCACCCUCACAAAAUACUUCAAGCACUGGCACUCGUUUUUAUACCAACAAGUCCAGAAUAAUACCCUGUCUCAUAGUGUUUUCCGACCAGUGCAACAUUACCUGGUCAAUAUACCCUAUAUCAUCAAGCAGCAAGGCCCCCUGCAAUGCUACUCCACUCGCUCAAUGGAGAGAGUAAUUGGCGUCUUCUCGAAAUUGAUAAAGUCCAAAUCAAAGGGUGGCCAAAACGCCAGUUUUCUUGUCAAGCGAUUUGCGAUUCACAAUUAUACCAGCACGGCAAUCAGCAUCUGUGAUGAAAUCAACCUCAUUUGGCCAAAGCCAUAUGGAAGAGAGAGCUACAUGGACCUUCCUAAUGAUCCUAGUGGUGCGCAGUUGUGGGAGCCAUUUCAUCAGUUUGUUAAUUUGAACAAUGAUUCAGUGGAAGGUGUAGGCAGCCCUAGUGUGAAGGAAGCUUUAUUGAAAUACUACCAGAGAACAACAGGCUUGACUGGCCACGAGUUUGGUGACUCUGUUGUUGUUGUAGCUGCACGUCUGUGGAUGGACUCGACUGUAUAUUCCUCAUGCAUCAACCGUAAUGUAAUUGUUCACAGCUGGCUCAUCGGUACAGUACAGUUCUACUUUCAGCAUGUAGAUUUCUAUGGCUUCCCACACUUUCUUGCUUUCGUGGAGGUCAUGAAGGAACAUGACGCGGCUGGUCAUGACUCAUCAGUACCUAUCGUCAAACAACGGUCACAAAGCACCCAUACACUAGGCCACCAAACGCAACCGACUUAUGCAGUUAUAAGUGUAAAUGACAUUUGUCAUCAAGUUAGUCUGGUCCAAUACCCACCGAAUGGAAACCAGUUUUAUGUAAUUGCGCCCUAUUAUAUCUUUAACAACAACAUGCGCAUUACUAAAGGCAAUCUUUCCAUUCUGUAA